AGUCCCUGGUCCCAGUCAUGGACAUGGAGUGUGGAAGUUUGUAAGUAGUAAACGGCAAUUGUUCCUUGUUCCCGAAUCGUCGUAAUACAGUUCAGUUCUUAUCCCAGAUCCUAUAUCACCUUACAAUUUAAUUAAUGUUUCACGUUUACUAGAUAUUUGAAAAUGCAGAAUGUUGCACAAGUGUCGACUUCAGAUAAACAGAGUUUAGAUAAGGUGAAUUGCCUGGAUUUGGGAAAAUCGUCUACUCCCCUCUUGUCCAACAACAUCCCAAAUAUAUCUGAAACAGAAUCUUUUUCUGAACUUCAGCCGCUCUAUGUAUCCGACUCUUCUGAAAGCGAAGAAGAGGACGUGUCCGAGGUGGAGUCUUUUGUAAUAGAUCAAGAGGAGCUUGUCAAUAACCGAAGUAAAUACCUCUUAAAUUCAGAUGAUUCUGAUACAGUGGUAGAUGCUGAAACUCAAGCCAGGCUUGAGGCCCUUCUAGAAGCAGCUGGAAUUGGCAAACUAUCUACAACUGGUGAUGGGAAACAUUUAGCAGAUCCUGAAGUAUUGAGGCGAUUGACCUCCAGUGUAUCAUGUGCCCUAGAUGAAGCUGCUGCAGCACUCACACGGAUGCGAAGUGAGCGAGCAUCUGUUGCAGAAACUAGGACUUUGGUUGAAGCAUGUUCAGAUGGUGAUGUAGGUGCAGUCAGAAAACUGCUUGGUGAAGGUAGAAGUGUAAACGAAACCAACGAGGAAGGUGAAAGCCUUCUGUCUUUAGCUUGCUCUGCAGGAUAUUACGAACUUGCACAGGUGCUACUUGCGAUGCAUGCUAACGUAGAAGAUAGAGGUGUGAAAGGAGACUGCACUCCUUUGAUGGAGGCAGCGUCUGCAGGAUUCGUAGACAUAGUAAGGCUCCUUAUUGCCCAUGGAGCAGAUGUCAAUGCUCAGUCCUCCUCUGGUAACACACCAUUGAUGUAUGCUUGUGCUGGUGGACAUGAAUUAGUUGUACGGGAGUUACUAGAGGCAGGUGCCAAUGUUGAAGAUCACAAUGAAAAUGGGCACACGCCGUUGAUGGAAGCAGCCAGUGCUGGCUAUGUUGAAGUGGCCAAAAUUCUUUUAAAUCAUGGAGCGGGUAUUAACACUCACUCAAACGAGUUUAAGGAAUCGGCAUUAACGUUGGCAUGCUACAAAGGUCACCUGGCCAUGGUCAGGUUUCUCUUGGAUGCUGGAGCAGACCAGGAACAUAAAACUGAUGAGAUGCACACUGCCUUAAUGGAAGCCUCCAUGGAUGGUCAUGUGGAGGUGGCCAAGCUACUUUUAGAUUCCGGUGCCCAGGUGAACAUGCCUACGGAUAGUUUCGAGUCACCCCUCACACUAGCAGCCUGUGGCGGCCAUGUAGAUUUAGCUUUAUUAUUAAUUGAUAGAGGUGCUAAUAUCGAAGAGGUAAAUGAUGAAGGUUACACUCCCUUAAUGGAAGCUGCUCGAGAAGGCCACAAAGACAUGGUUUCCGUACUACUUCAACGAGGUGCUAACAUUAAUGCUCAAACCGAAGAAACUCAAGAAACAGCUCUCACCUUGGCCUGUUGCGGAGGGUUUUUAGAGGUGGCUGACUACUUGAUUAAAAAUGGUGCUGCGUUAGAACUAGGAGCCUCAACUCCUUUAAUGGAAGCAGCGCAAGAAGGCCACAUACACCUUGUUAAGUACCUUUUAGAUGCAGGAGCUGAUGUGCAUGCUCAGACUCAAACAGGUGAUACAGCUCUGACCUACGCCUGCGAAAACGGACACACAGAUGUGGCUGAUUUACUUCUUCAGUAUCGAGCCAAUUUGGAACAUGAAUCUGAAGGUGGAAGAACGCCAUUAAUGAAAGCGUGUCGAGCUGGACAUGUUUGCACGGUCAGGUUUCUGAUCUCCAAAAAUGCAGAUGUCAACCGACAAACUAGCAACAACGAUCAUACACCUUUAUCCUUAGCCAGUGCUGGAGGUCACUUAGCUGUUGUUGAACUGUUACUUGCUCAAAAUGCAGAUCCCUUCCACAAGCUAAAAGACAACUCGACUAUGUUGAUAGAAGCUGCAAAAGGAGGCCAUGUCAGUGUUGUUCAGUUGUUACUGGACUACCCACAUUCUAUAAUGGUUGCAAACCAAGCACAGCUCCAGGCUGAACAACUCCAAGCACAAGCGCAGGCCGAAACGCAGCCAUCGCAAGUUUUCGUACCGGCUCAAACACAGACGCAAGCUCAAAUCCAUAUCCCACAGUUACAAACUCAACCGCAACUUCCACUGCAAACAUUCGUCCAUAAUGAGCAGUCAACGCAAACGCAAAUUCAGAUGCCCCUCCAGCCAUUGACACAUUUACCCUCACCUUCAUCGACAAUCCCUCAACAAUUGUUACAAGACGAUAAUGAUUCACAGCUUUCUACUUCAGUGGCGCAGUUGCAAAUUCUUAAUCAGCUCCAACUCCCUGCUCAAUCUCAUCAGACAGUAAUAACAGAGGAGAUGCUAGGCAAAAAGUCUGCUGCCAUUGAUCGAUUGACUCCAACUUUGAAAAUUAGUAGCAAUAAUAACAACAAUAGCAGCAGCAGCAGCAGCAGCAGCAACAACAACAACAACAACAACAACAACAACAACAACAACAACAACAACAACAACAACAACAACAACAACAACAACAACAGUAGUAAUAGUAAUAAUAGUAGCAACAACAACAAUAACAAUCUCCACCUCCGUAGUAACAAUUCUCCUAGCAGUGGCAGCAAUAAUAUGUUGACUCAAGGGCAGAAGUCUUUUUCUAGGAAAUGUUUUGUUGAUUCGUCCAAUGAAAGUGUCCUUGAAAAUCAAUCUUGCAGUAUGAAUUCAGGUGAUUUAAGUAAGAAGAAUGAGUACACUGUAGUAGAUAAAAAUAGCAGUAAGAUGAAUGUCACCAUUGAACAGCAAUUGUUUCACCGUCAGCAGAUUGUGGAUGAAUUACAGCAAUCAACAGCCAUCAGUGAUCGUCCUAAAGCAAAACCGGUUUCAAAAAAAGAUUGUAAAAAUAGUCGUAAACAGCAGCAGCUAUUAGUUGCUGCACAGCUGUCAAAGCGUGCCGGGUUUCUGGCUGGUAUUAAAACAGGCCUUCAGAUCGGCUUUAAAUCACAUGUGCAAAGUCAAGACCCAAAUUACAACCUCCGCGUGAAACACUUUGAUCAGAUCAAUGAUCAAGUUCAGGAGUUGAUUGAACAGUCGAACAGUGCAAGUAAUCAAGUCGUUAUCAGUGAAAAAGAGAUGUACGAUCACAAUCAGUUAAUGGCUAAACUGCAACAGUUAGAUUCCUCUUUAACAGCGGACCCUAAUGUCAAGAUGUUACCUGCGGAUGUAGUAUCAAGUUCUCUGUCCCAAGUGUACUGUCAGCAACUGUUAUCUGAUGAAGCUGAAUCAGUGGCGGUCAAAGAAAAAAUUAAAAUAAAAUCUGAAGAAUUAGAGACCCUGGACACCCUAACGUGUCAUGAUUUAGCAUUAGCAACCUCUGAUGUUGCCAGUCAUUAUCAACUGGCCACUUCGCAGUUCUCACCUGGAAAGGAUGAAAACAUUCUUGCCUCUCGCACCCCUCUACCAAUUUUCCCUUCGGAGCAGGAAACAGUGCAAUUAAUCAACGUCCCAUCAGCUGAUCAGAUUCAAUCAGGCAAUAAUAGUUUUGAAGUCCAGUAUCAAGUGACUCAAAAGGGUAUUCAUCAAUUGAACAAUUUCCAGGCAGACAGUUUUCGAGACGGUCAAGAGUUCUAUUCACAUCUUAUGCAGACGCCAACAGCAUUAUCCAAAACAACUCAAGUUGUUACACAGCCUACAACAACUGCUGUAACAACUCAACAUGUUCAAGCUGCAACUCAAACUAUGCCUGACUCAACCAAACUUAAACAUUCAGUACCAUCAAAUUCUACCCGCCAUAUCAACGCUUCAAGCGCAAGCACAACGACAGGGCCCUCUGCAACAGGCAAGGGCAAGAAACUAAGAAAUCAAGCUCAAAAUAGGCAGAAUCAUAACCACAGCAGCAUAAGUGCUGAUUCGAAAGCAGGUUUUGCCAGUGGAGGGAAGGAAGACAGUAGAAGGGAUGAAACUAAACCUCCUUCUGUCAUUGAUGUUGAUUCUGAAACAGACAGUAAUCAUGACACUGCAUUAACCUUAGCUUGUGCUGGAGGUUAUGAUGAGCUUGUGGAACUUUUACUAUCAAGAGGAGCUGAUAUUGAGCACCGUGAUAAGAAAGGUUUUACACCAUUGAUCUUAGCUGCCACAGCAGGGCAUGAAAAAGUUGUCGAAGCAUUACUUAAUCAUUCUGCAGACAUGGAGGCACAAUCUGAAAGGACAAAAGAUACUCCUCUAUCAUUAGCUUGUUCUGGCGGUCGUUAUGAAGUUGUAGAGAUUUUACUGGCACGAGGGGCAAAUAAAGAACACCGAAAUGUUUCUGAUUAUACACCUCUUAGUUUAGCUGCAUCUGGUGGUUAUGUCAAUAUCAUUAAAUUAUUGUUAAGUCAUGGUGCUGAAAUCAACUCUCGAACGGGAAGCAAGCUUGGUAUAUCUCCUCUCAUGUUGGCAGCCAUGAAUGGCCACACAGCAGCCGUGAAGCUCUUACUUGAUAUGGGAAGUGACAUUAAUGCCCAGAUUGAAACCAAUCGCAACACAGCCCUUACUUUAGCUUGUUUCCAAGGUAGACACGAGGUUGUUAGUUUGCUGUUGGAUCGGAAAGCCAAUGUUGAGCACAGAGCAAAGACUGGAUUAACACCUCUUAUGGAAGCUGCAAGUGGAGGGUAUGUGGAGGUGGGGCGGGUCUUGCUGAGUAAAGGAGCAGAUGUAAAUGCCUCGCCUGUACCGUCAUCACGAGAUACUGCAUUAACUAUUGCAGCCGACAAAGGACAUUAUCGCUUCGUAGAAUUACUUAUUUCAAGUCGUUGCAUCCAAGUUGAAGUGAAAAAUAAGAAGGGAAACUCACCACUCUGGCUGGCAGCUAAUGGGGGACAUCUACCUGUUGUGGAACUACUUUAUAACGUUGGAGCUGAUAUAGACUCGCAGGAUAAUCGGAAAGUAUCAUGCUUGAUGGCAGCAUUUCGAAAAGGCCACGUUAAAGUAGUGAAAUGGAUGGUCAAUCAUGUAACUCAGUUUCCAAGUGAUAUUGAAAUGACACGAUACAUCUCUACCGUCAAUGACCAAGAACUUCUGAACAAAUGUAAUGAGUGUGUUAAAAUAAUCACCAUAGCCAAAGACCAGCAAGCCGCCAAAGCAAACAAAAAUGCCAGUAUCCUAUUGGAAGAACUGCACAUGGAAAGAAGUAAAGAGGAGUCGAAGAAACAAGCAGCUGCAAAGAAGAGAGAUCGCAAAAAGCAAAAGAAGCGAGAUAAAAAGGAGAGCAAAAAAUUUGUUGCUGAGAACGCUAAAAAUGAAAGGUACAGUGAAGAUCCAGAUGAAGAGGAGAUAGAGGAAGAAUAUGAAGAAGAAGAUGAGGAGGAAGAAGAGGAGGAGGAAGAGGAGCAGGAGCCACCCUCCGAAGAGGACUUCCUCAAACUGACUAACAAGAAGAACCGCGAGACAUCUUCCAACAAAAAGGGAGGAAAUUUGGUCCAGAGAAAAGCAUAUCGUGGAACAGAGGUUGAAGAAGCUGGAGAUAGUGGGAUUGAUGCCACUAGUCAAGGAAGUUGCAGCAGCAACGAAGUUGCAAAACAAAGUAAAGAACACAGUCGAAAAGAAAAGAAAAAGAAAGGAAAAGGCAAUUCAGAUGCUAAUAGCGCAAUCUCAUCGUCUAAUAUUCUUGUUGAUCGGAAAGUUAGUGCCUCUCCUCUCAAUAAAAAAGAAAAAGAGGAGAAGAAAGGUCCUAUUCCUCAGUUAGUCAUUGUUAAUUCUAAAACCUCAGAAAAUGUUCCAAAAUCAAAACAAGACUCAAACUCAAAAUCAAACAAGCCUGCUAAAAAUAGUUUGGACAGUUUCUCAUCAAUAAACAGCUGUCAUCAGGCAAACCCAGAACGGAGACCAAAGGCCCAUCAAGCGCUCGUUUUUGAAGCCUCUCGAAAUUUUACAACGACACAGCGAGACAACCUCGACACAAAUGCAAAUGAAAAUUUCUUGGUGGGGGCUAAAAAGAAAAAGGGCACCAACAGCAACAAUCACAGCAGCAGUAGUAUCAAUCAAUCAAAUUACAUGAGCUACUAUGAAGAAGAAUUAUUGGGAGGAAAAGCACCAGGCUCCAACAAACUUGUUAAACAACGAGGAGAAGAGGGAUGGAAGGAAGUCGUCCGAAAAUAUUUGAAUUCACCUUUUCGAUCGAAGAAAGUCUCAGUGCCUCCAAAUGCCAUCAGCCGCGUUAUUGGGCGAGGUGGAUCCAAUAUCAACACCAUUAGAACAACAACAGGUGCUUUCAUCGAAAUAGAAAAACAAAGUAAAGGUCAAGGAGAACGUAUAAUCACAAUCAAAGGCUCAAUGGAAUCUACGAAGCAAGCUCAAAAUUUGAUCCAGGCUCUCAUCACUGAUCCUGAACUAGACUUAGUGCAGAUGCUGCCCAAAACUGCCAAGACCCUAGCCACAGCAUGGCCUGAGAAAACACCGGCUACUAACAAAACGAAAAUCGCGGUCGUCUCUAAAACUACGACUGGGUCAUCACAGGCACAACCCCUGCAGAAUGUUUCCACAAGUACAUCUGUUUCAACUUCACAAGUUUUAAAUGUAUCUUCCUCAACCACUCUUACUGGGUCACGAAACUUAGUUUCCUCAUCGCCCCUCCCCACAACUCCAGCCUCUCCAAGACAAGUAGCUACCGGCGCUGAGAAGAGAAAUGCAGACUGUGUGACUGCAUCAAACACUAAAACUACUAUGCUUUAUACCACUGCUAUAAUUUCUAGUGGCCGAACAACCAAAACAACAGCAACCCAUACUCAAACCACUGUCACUACGACCUUUGCUGCCAAGCUUUCAUCAGAACCUAAUGCUCGUUCAAACUCUGUGAUACCGGUGACUUCCAACUCCCAAGUGCCAAAAUCUCAACCUUCCAUUCCACCUAGCACAACAUCCUCUAAAACGGUGCCAGGAAUUGGCAGGCCCAUAUCUUUGGUGACACCGAUGCCUGUCCUACCACCACAACAGCCCCAGCUUGCUCAACAGCAACAAGCUAAGCAGCAGCUGAGGCAACAGCAGGCAGUGCAGCAACAGGGACAGCAGCAGGCAGUUCAACAACAGGGGCAGCAACAGGCAUUACAGCAACAGGGGCAGCAGCCGGUAGUGCAGCAACAGGGGCAGCAGCCGGCAGUACAGCAACAGGUACAACAUCAUCAACAACAGAUUGUACAGCAACCACAACCAAUACAACAGCAGCAUCAACAGGUAUUGCUGCAGCAACAGCAGAUGCAUAAUUUGCAACAGCAACAGUUGCAACAACAACAACAACAACAACAACAACAACAACAACAACAACAUCAUCAUCAUCAUCAUCAUCAUCAUAGACACCAACUACAACAACAACAACACCAGCAGCAAUUACAACAAUCAAUGCAACAGCAAACUCAAACAGCCCCUCCUCAACACUCGGUAACAAAUUCUGGCUCAUCUCCAGGAGGAUCGUUAAGCUGCCCGCCUGAGUAUUCGCUCUUUAACGACUCAUUCUCUAAGGUAACACAGAAGUCUAUGUGGGGUCGAGAUGAUGAAAAUGCCAACCAACGUUGUAUGAAUUUUGCAACCGCAGCUGCAGCUGGUGCUUCCAAUUGUUCUGCUCCAGGCCAAAGUUCCAUUGGGCCUGCACCUAGAUUUUUAGACGCUACUCCACCACAGGUGGAUGCCUCAAAAGCCCCAGGCUAUCGUGGAAGCAUGUCUGUGAGUUCACCUGUUCUUCAAUCCAAAAGUGCACCACCACCACCACCGUGCAUUGACCAUUCGCCUCCACCUCCUCCACUGCCGACGUCUUAUGCUAAUUUGAUUCCAGAACCGUCUCCAAGUCAAAUUCAAGCACCCAAUAUCACUGUUAGAUCCGAAUCCAAUUACUCAUCUCGACCUUCGUACUCGGAUGAUUUUGCCCAACAAGAUUCACCAACUUCAUUGCUGAAAAUGGUUUCUUUAAACGAUACUAAUUUCUAUCACACCAAUUAUUCCCAACCAGAAACGGCUGUUAGUAUGUCAAGGCUGAAUCCCCGAGCACCCGAUUUCAGUUCUGUAAAACAGUCGUUGCCCCCCGCGCCUUUGCAACAGCCGCUGUAUAACCAACCUCCUCCUCCAAACAACUAUUUGCCGCAACCUCUUCCUUCCACUGUUCUAAAUAGCAAUGUUGUUUCGUUCUCUGUAAAUAAAUACUUGCAGCAAUCGCAGCAACCAAGACUGAAUGGCCAAGCGAGUUGGCCGUUUGUAGCUGGGCCACGCUAUGUGGGACCACAACAGGAGCACUUAACGUCUCUUGCAAGUCUGAACCCUAGCCAGUCUGAUGUUUUUACUGGGCUGGAAAAUGGCAACAUCAACCUCUCUAGCAGCAUGACUCCGCCUCAUGUAUCACCGCAAGGACUCGUCGAGGACCGUAAAGCGCCACCAAGACCAAUAGGAACAGAGAGAGCAUGGAAAAUGGCUGGAUGUGACUCUCAACCUGAAUGGACAUUGGAUCAAAAGAUAGCGUGGAACCCGAUUGUCGAGAGGCAGCAGCAGUCUUAUAGACCAGCGUCACAGUAUUCAAGAAUUUCUGUCACUGAGGAAAUUCAACCGAUUGUUGAUAACUCUAUUCCAGGAGUUGUGGGUGAUGCUGGUCAUUUCAAUGGCACGUCAGCUUUGCCUCUGUCUGUGAUGCACUCAAUGCCUCCUAUAACUCAUUUUGCAAGUCUGGAUACAUCAAAUUUAGUCUGUCCCACUGAUCCAGUGAUUAAAUCAGUAGAACCCUCAUGGGACCCAAGAUUGAUAUGUCUGCCGGAGAUUCCUGAUAAGCAACAAGUACGAUAUGAAUAUGCUUAGUCCUUUGACCAGUCGCAAAAUUUAUUUACACUCUCGAAGCAAGUUGUGAGUCUAAUAAUUCUGACGAAUCAUUCGAAGAUGCAGUAGGAACCAAUCAUAGACAAUUGUUGAAGCCUGCUAAUUUCGAUGUUUUGUAUUUCAUCUCGUUAAGCUUUAUAUUAGUCUUUUGCUCUGGGAUCUGCAUGUCUGGAAGACUUGAUUACAUUUUUCUUCUUAAUUCGAACUAAGCUUCAUAUGAUUAUAACUAUACCUUAGUAUCAUGAGUCUGACUAGUUUGAUGUUAGACGCCCUUUUUAUCUUUUUGUCAAUCAUUUAUAAUCAUGAACUAUCGAUAGUUCUCACAAAUUUAUCACUAUCUUGUAGUUAGGAUGGCUUAACCAGGGUUUUAGCGGGUUCUUAGAAGAUACCAGGUCUUGUGUAUAAGAAUUGUUGUAUUUUAUACGUCCGCUUGUCGCAGAUUUGUAAACGUCGGUUAUGUAUUGAAACAUUACUUUUACAUGAAAACAUCAUAAGUCUUCAUGUACUAUUCAUUACUGUAAUAUUAUCAAUUUAUUUUUUAUUUCUAAUUUUCUUCUUUUUUUCUUCCCUUUCACCUUGUUUUGUAAAUUGAGAUAAAUCGCAAGUUAUGUAAUAAAUAAAAAAUAUGUUCUAUUA